AUGGCGGCCCCGCUGGCGGCGGGCGGCGGCGCGGCGGCGGCGGGCAGGGGCGGGCGCGGGCCGGCGCUGCGGGAGGGGGCGCGGGUGUCCGCGCUGUGCCUGGCGUGGUACGGGCUGAGCGCCGGCGGCAACGUGGUGAACAAGCUGCUGCUCGGCGGCUUCCCGCGGCCCGUCACCGUCUCGCUGUUCCACAUCCUGGGGCUGUGCGGGCUGCUGCCGCCGCUGCUGCGCGCCUGGAGGGUGCCGCCCGCCGGCCCGGCCCAGCUGCCGCCCCGCGCCUACCCGCGCUACAUCCUGCCGCUCGCCUUCGGCAAGUACUUCGCCUCCGUCUCCGCGCACGUCUCGCUCUGGAGGGUCCCGGUGUCCUACGCGCACACGGUGAAAGCCACGAUGCCGAUAUGGGUGGUGCUUCUGUCACGGAUCAUCAUGAAGGAAAAGCAGACGACGAAGGUGUACUUGUCUCUGAUCCCCAUAAUAACCGGUGUCCUGUUGGCCACCGUCACGGAGCUGUCCUUUGACAUGUGGGGACUCAUCAGUGCACUUGCUGCUACCCUGUGUUUUUCACUUCAGAACAUUUUCUCAAAGAAGGUGUUAAGAGAUUCCCGAAUCCAUCACCUUCGGUUGCUGAACAUCCUCGGGUGCCAUGCUGUGUUCUUCAUGAUUCCAACGUGGGUUUUGGUAGAUCUUUCUUCCUUCUUAGUAGAAAAUGACUUGAGCACCAUGUCCCAUUGGUCCUGGACCUUGAUGCUGCUUAUCAUCAGUGGAUUCUGUAAUUUUGCCCAGAACGUCAUUGCCUUCAGCAUUCUGAACUUGAUCAGCCCAUUGAGUUACUCUGUUGCGAACGCCACCAAAAGAAUCAUGGUCAUCACGGUGUCCCUCAUAAUGCUUCGCAACCCAGUGACGAGCACCAACGUCCUUGGGAUGAUGACAGCUAUCCUGGGGGUUUUCUUGUACAACAAGACAAAAUACGAUGCAAACCAAGAAGCAAAGAAACAGCUACUUCCAGUCACAACUGGAGACCUUGUGAAUUUGGACCGGCAUCGAAACACUCCUGAGAAGUCUCAGAACGGAGUGACGGCGUUUGCGCAGCACGGGGACUGUCAGUACGGCCGGAGCAACAUCCUCACGGACCACCUCCAGUACAGCCGCCAAAACCAUCCCACUGCCUACAACCUCAACCGUUUUGAUAUAUAGAGUCCUGGCAAACAGGUAGAGACUGUGAUAUCAAAGUGUCCCCAGCAUUAUCAGAAACUUUUAGUACAUCCAUGAAUGUAAAGCCAUUGUAUUGUACAGUUCUGGCAGGGAGGAGGAGGCCUGUGUAGUGGAAGUGGUACAGACCUUCAGCUUCUGCUGAGCAGACCUGCGACAGCUCGAGCUGCCACCGGAGCGAAAUGCACAGUGUAGCUCUUGUGCAGACUGCUGGGGAAAUGCACCCACAACGCUGCAGAGUAAAGCAUCUGCUGGCACUGCUCCCCUUCAGAGCCCUGUCAACUGGUGAUUCUUUUUGGCAGCUAAAUUCUGGCCAGUAUUUUGUUUCCACGCUGGUAAUGUCACCUGUCAUUUGUUCUGUAGCAUAUUUUAAUGAUUCUUUCUUUUAAUUCAGCUUUCAGCAGUGAAGCUGGGGCAUACUCCUGGGUAUCAGGAUUUGCCUGUUUGCAGAGGAUCGACUCGGGGUGUAUUGGUUGCAGAGAGGUAGCCCUGGAUUCACCUCCAGCAGAACCACGUGUGGGUGUUUUGUGCCUGUGCCCUCAGUUUUUGAUAACAAACCAGCAGCGUUUCUUAAAGUAGACAGAUGGAUCUCUUUGAGAAGCUUUGUUUCAGGCAGAGAGGAACAGAACUCUCUGAAUUCUCUGUUGUCCUUCUCACUGUAGAUAACACACAGAGCUUCAGAUCAUGAUUGUUUCCUGAAUUACAUUGCUCUGUGACUUGCUUCUCCACGUGCAAUGCAGAAAACACCUUCACAAGCACAGGAAACAGCUUCACAAAUAAAGUGUUUGGAGUAAUAGGAUUUUUUUUACUUGCUUCACCCCCCUUGUUUCCAAACUCUCUUGUUGCUUUAGAAGUUGAAAGGUUUGAGGUGUUUUCUUCUCAGUUUUAUGCAUACAUGAUGCUCUCAUAUGAUUUGUACAUUAUGAAUGCAUUGAUUUGAAUAAUUGUCAUUCUUAAUUGUUUCCAUCUGUCUUUUUAGCCCCUGAUUUUAUAUCUGAGUUUCUUAGUUGCUGCUGUUGGAGCUGUGAGGAGCCUUUAGCCCAGCCUGAAAGAAGUUCAAUGUGGUAUCCCACCUUGCUCCUGCAGCUCCCUCAGCUGAAGUGCUUAACUGUUAAGCAAAAGCUCUUUGAAUCAGUCAGUAAACAGGUAACUUUGGGUAAGAAGAACUGAUUCAGGCAGUGUAAGUGGACAUGGAUGAUUCCAGACGGGUUGGUCAGCGUGCGUCAGACACUGCGCUUGUGCACAAACAGAAUCAAACCAGGUCCAUUUGGGUUUCACUGAAGCAGGUUGUUAUUGCUCUACCAAAAGAAGAUGUAUGGGGCCUUCUUUCCUUAACAGAAAAACAGUUGUACAGUGAGACUUUUGAUAGCAUAAGCAGUACCUUUUUACUAGAGAGGUAGUAGAUACCAGCGAGAAAACUCAAGGUGUGGUACAGAACACUCUUCUUAUUUAUUGCUUUAAAAAUGACCAUUUCUGUCAUGUGAGGUGAGGAUUUGUCUCCUUUCUGAAUAAUAAAAGACUUUUAAGUGCAAA